AUGCUGAUGAUUGAAAGAAAACAAAGGUCUGAAAUUAUUCCCAAGUCGAUCUGGUAUACAUUUGUCCCCUUUUUCUUAGCCUUUGGUUUAGUUUAUGGACAACAAGGAUCAUUAACACCGUGUAGUUGUGAUCAAUCUAACGCCUUAUGCUUUGGAUUACCCACGAUUUGUUUAUCUGAUGAUUCAGUUGAUUGCCAAUUGAUGGUAAAAAUGAGACGAACCAACUCAUCACCACAAGCAUUGAAUGUUAUAUUGUGCAGCGAUAUGACAAGAUAUGGCUCAUGGUACGGCUUUGCGAUAUCAGAAGAUCCUUGGAUGGGCGAGGAUUUCGUUGUGCACUGUAAUGUCCACCAAAAUUCAACACUUUCGAUAGGUGAAGGAAUGACUACUGGCCAUUCUGGUUUUAUUCCAGUACCUCCUGGAUCCUUUAUUGAGAAUACAACAGGUGUAGGACCAUCUUUAUCAUUGAAUGAUAAUAAAUUAACAUGUUCCUGGGAUCAACGUAUUGUUGGUGGAGCCCGAGGUAGAUCAUAUGAUUUAACUGAUAAAAAAUACCAUUUGUUACUUGCAAUUGGUCGGUUAACUCGGAAUGGUUUAGUGGAAUACCAUGGACAAGAACGUGGUUCAUCACCAGAUCAGAUAGAUUUACUUUCUACUGGUUUGGUUCUUGGAAAGCCUUCCCCGGCAAACUGGUUAAUCAAAAUGCAUGCCUUUUUCAUGAUAUUUGCUUGGAUAACUAUGAUCAGUGUCUCACUCACUUUGGCCCGCGGUUACCGUGAUAGUUGGGAAUAUGUGAAACUCUUUGAUUUAUCCGUUUGGUUAUUUACCCAUCGCCUGUUGAAUCUGAUUGCUUUGGCUUCAGCACUUCUUGGAUUACUAUUCAUAAUGAUCCACGUUGGAGGCUUCAGAACUUGCAUGUCAGCUCACAUAAUAGCUGGCCUAAUAGCCAACGGUCUAAUGAUUAUGCAGUGUGUUGCAGGCUUAGCCAGACCCAGAACACAUGGAACUCUAAUUCGUAAGAUUUUCAACAUUGGUCAUGCUCUUGGAGGACACAUUGCUUACAUUGCUGCACUUAUUGCUCUCUUCAAAGCUGCUGACCAGUUACCCAGUUUUCGUUUAGGCGCUGUUUACCAGUGGUUGGUUUUUAUAUUCAUUAUAGUCCACUUCAUAACACAGAUAGUAGCCCAGUCAAGUCAAAUGUUGAUCAAAUCACUAAAUGCUGUCCAAGACGUUAAUACGCCAACCACCAACGGCGUUGAAACCAUCAAAACAACAGAGACAACACAGGAAACAGAAAGUCGUUAUACAAUGACCUACGAUUAUAUUAAAGACAAAAUUGAUCGGUUUAAAUGGAAUAUAAUAUUAUUUUAUGUACCAUUCGUAAUCAUAAUGACAAUAGCUAUUUACAUAAGUGCCAUUGUAACCGCUGAAUGGUACGACUAA